CAACACUCGGAGAGAGAACAAAGCAAGCUAUAGCUUUAUCUACAUUUUCACGUUUUUACUCUACCUUACUGAAGCGCUAAACAAUAGAGAAAAAUGGAGAACAAAGGUACUGAUGCCCUUGCUGAACAGAAACCAGAAGCUCCCAAAUGCAAAGAGGAUUCACUUCUCCCAAUCGCUGAGAAGGGACUUUUCUUCGACGAUUCCUUCUUCGAGGAUAUUCGGAAGCACUUUGAGACAGCCAUCGACCAAAUGCUGGAUUCGUGGGGAGAAGCUAAAUCCGUGAGUGAUCUGAUGAGUAGCUACAGACGUGUAAGAAACCGCAAUUUGCAGCAGGAGAACCAAGUCAUGGCCUUCAGCGAGGACGACCAGAAUCAUAAGGUAGUACUGGAUGUUCAUGACUUCAAGAGUGGAGACGUUAAGGUCAGAGUGGAAGAUAAUCAGGUGGUGGUGGAAGGUCGAGUGGAAAAGGAAGAGGGCGACUUCAAGUCCAUGAAAAGCUUCUGUCGACGUUUCAACUUCCCAGGCAAAGUGGACAUGGAGGCCGUGACUUCCGCAAUGUCUUCCGAUGGCGUGUUGACUGUCACGGCUCCGAAGAUUCCACAGGCAGCAUAAGAAAACAUUUCAUUAACUAAAACUAUCAUCUAAUCUUAAAGACAAUGUAUGUUUAAGGAACUAUUUAUUGUUAUUUUUUAUAAUGUUAAAAUGGAUAAUGCUUUUGCUCUUUUGUAAAUAAAUUGUAUUUGUUUACA